AUGGAUAUCUAUCAGACUCUAGAAAUCGUGCGAAAUACUGUUUAUGCUACAGUUCUGUUCAUCGCGCUUGUUUACUCAUGUUUAAUUCUGUUUAUUUCACGCUUUCGUCAUCGAACCAAUAUGUUUAUUUUAAACUUUUGUAUCAAUACAAUCAUCACAGCAGCUUAUUUUACAUUCUACUUUUAUGGGAUCUCGUACGACAUGCCACAAUCAAUGUGUGUCCUUUUCCAAUAUGCAUUCAACGUGGCUAGUGUGCAAGUGCCAUUUGCAUUCGUUGCUUUUAGUGUUCAUCGUUUUUGCGUCAUUGUUUAUCAUAUAAAACCGUUUUUCAAAACUAAAAACUGGGUUGCUAUCUGUAUUGCAACUCAAUGGAUUGCUCAACUGCUUAUUUCACUGCCAUUUGUUUUCGAAACUUACGAGGAUUGUACAAGUAAUACAGUGUGGAUGGGAUGUUAUACAUUUAUUACGGCAGUUAUUUUACCAUCGUUGAUCAAUACGAUUUUGAAUAUUGGAAUACUUACAUGCGUUCGAAGAUCGACACGGCGUACUCAUUCGCAAGAGAGUACUGGAAUAGGAAAUAGAAUUACUCAUCGAGAUAUAUCUUUAAUAAAACAAAUGGUUUUUACAUUUACUAUAUUUAUUAUUGGUUGGGCACCUGCAUAUGCCAUUAAUACGAUUAAUGUGAUUAUGUAUGUUGACUUUAGUAUACUAAUGAUGAGUGUAUAUCUCAGUGCAGUAUGUUUAUUGGCUCUUAUAAUUAAUUUAUUCGUUUAUAAUCGGGAAAUAAGAAAUUGUGUGCUUUAUUUCUUUCAGCGUUGUUUCUGUUGUGUGAAUCAAUCAUAA